CGGGGCGGCGGCGCGUGCGCGUGCGCGGGGCGCGCCGCCGGGCUGUGCGGCGCCAUCGGGCGCUCGGCGCUCGGCUGAGCCCGCCUGCCGCACAAUGAAUGGCUGCUGAGCGCGGCGGGGACGGGGACGGGCACCGGGAGCGGCCGGAGCCCCAGCGCAGCCCCCCCCCGGCCACCGGCCCCCGGCGGCUGCCGCCAUGGCUCAGACGCUGCAGAUGGAGAUCCCCAACUUCGGGAACAGCAUCCUGGAGUGCCUGAACGAGCAGCGGCUGCAGGGGCUCUACUGCGACGUGUCGGUGGUGGUGAAGGGCCACGCGUUCAAGGCGCACCGCGCCGUGCUGGCCGCCAGCAGCUCCUACUUCCGGGACCUUUUCAACAGCAGCAAGAGCGCGGUGGUGGAGCUGCCGGCCGCCGUGCAGCCCCAGUCCUUCCAGCAGAUCCUCAGCUUCUGCUACACGGGGCGGCUCAGCAUGAACGUGGGCGACCAGUUCCUGCUCAUGUACACGGCGGGCUUCCUGCAGAUCCAGGAGAUCAUGGAGAAGGGGACUGAGUUCUUCCUCAAGGUCAGCUCGCCCAGCUGCGACUCGCAGGGGCUGCACGGCGAGGAGGCGCCCUGCUCGGAGCCCCAGAGCCCCGUGGCGCAGACCUCGGGCUGGCCCGCCGCCGCCGCCGCCCUGCCGCUGGUCUCGCGGGUGAAGACGGAGCAGGGCGAGCCCGACGGCGUGCAGUGCACCUUCGUGGUCAAGCGCCUCUGGGACGGCGGCCCCAAGGACGGCGGCGGCGGCGGCGGCAACGGCAGCCGCAAAAUGGCCAAGUUCUCGGCGCCCGACGCGGGGCGCCCGCCCCAGCCGCAGCCCCCGGCGCCGGCGGGGGGCCCGGGCCCGGCCCCGGCCGCGGCGCCCGGCCCCAGCGCCGCCGACCAGACCAGCCCCGGCGGCACCUCCAGCGCCUACACGAGCGACAGCCCCGGCUCCUUCCACAACGAGGAGGACGAGGAGGAGGACGCCGCGGAGGAAGGCUCCGACGAGCAGUACCGCCAGAUCUGCAACAUGUACACCAUGUACAGCAUGAUGAACGUGGGGCAGGCAGCCGCCGAGAAGGUGGAGGCGCUGCCCGACCAGGCCACCUCGGAGUCCCGCAACCGCGUGCGGGUGCGGCAGGACCUGGCCUCGCUGCCGGCCGAGCUCAUCAACCAGAUCGGCAACCGCUGCCACCCCAAGCUCUACGACGAGGGCGACCCCGCCGAGAAGCUGGAGCUCGUGACAGGCACCAACGUGUACAUCACGCGGGCGCAGCUCAUGAACUGCCACGUGAGCGCUGGCACGCGGCACAAAGUCCUCUUGAGGCGGCUCCUGGCCUCCUUCUUCGACCGCAACACCCUGGCCAACAGCUGCGGCACCGGCAUCCGCUCCUCCACCAACGACCCCAGCCGCAAGCCGCUGGACAGCCGGGUCCUGCACGCGGUGAAGUUUUACUGCCAGAACUUCGCGCCCAACUUCAAGGAGAGCGAGAUGAACGCCAUCGCGGCCGACAUGUGCACCAACGCGCGGCGCGUGGUGCGCAAGAGCUGGAUCCCCAAGCUGAAGCUGCUCAUGGCCGAGGGCGACUCCUACACCUCCUUCAUCAACGACACGGGCAAGCUGGAGCCCGACAUCAUGGGCGCCGAGGCGGGCUUCGAGGCGGGCGGCCCCGAGGGCGAGGCGGGCGCGCCGGGCGAGGGCCUGCAGUGACCGCCGCCCCCCCGGGCCCCGCGCCGGCCGAGGGCCCCCGGCCCGCCGGCUCUGGGGGUCGCCGGGGCGGGCAGGGGACGGUGGCACCUCGGCCCGUCCCCGUCCCCGCGGCGAGGCGCCCCGGGGCGCCGCGGCCCCGCUCGGCUUGGCCGGGCUCCCCGCGACCGCCCCCCCGCCGCUCGGGCGCGGGUUGAACCGGGUGUCCCCCCCCCUUCCCCGCGUCCCCUCGCCGGGGCCAGCGUCUCCCGGCGGCCGCGGGGGUCCCCUCCGGGCAGCCGCGCGUCCCCCGGGUCCCCUCCCCAGGGCCGGCGUUUCUCCAGGCGACCGCGCGGGUCCCCCCCCCCCCCGGCUCCGUGCCCUCCCCCCCGGGGCCAGUGUCUCCGCAGGCAACCGCAUGUGUCCCCAGGUCCCCCGCGUCCCCUCGCCGGGGAGCGGCCUCUCUCCAGGCAGCCACACGUGUUCGCCCCGUGUCCCAGCGCCUCCCCCGGCGCCUGCAUGUGUCCCCCCCGCGUCCCCUCCCUGGGGCCAGAGCCUCUCCAGGCCGCCGCCGUGUCCCCCCCGUCCCCGUGUCUUCCCGGGCAGCCACGUGGGUCCCCCGCGUCCCCCCCCCCCCGGGGCCAGCGUCUCUCGGGCGUCACCAUCGCUUCCCGGCUUCCCCAGGGGACGUCACGCGUCCCCGAGGUGCCCCCGUGUCCCCAGUGUGUCCCUGAGGUGUCCCGGUGUCCCCAGCAUGUCCCCGAGGUGCCCCGGGGUCCCCGGCCCCCUCCCUGGUGUCCCCCCAGCGUCCCCCCCGGCUGGACACGGGCAGGUCUUUGGUGGGGGGGGACAAGGACGGGGUGGGCGCAGCUGAGCGGAGCCCCCGGGGGGGCAGGUUUGGGUGCUGGGGCCGUGUCGGCGGAGCGGGGGGGUCCCACCAUCCCUCGUUCCCUCCAUCCCUCCUUCUUCUCCCUCCGCCGCGUCCCUGCUUGACCGUGCUGCUCCCAGGACGCCUGGGCCCUCUCCCCAGCUCCGGGGAUCACAGCGGUGAGCUCAGCGGCGGGGGGGGGCCCGGAUGCCUGGGCCCCUUCCUGAUGGGGGGGCCCGGACACCUGGGCCCCUUCCCAAUGGAGGGGCCGGGGCGAGUCGCCCCCCCCGCCCUGCGCCGCCGCUCCGUGCCUCAGUUUCCCCGCGGGUGGAAGGGGGGGACGCGGGGUCAGAGCCAGGUCCGCCCCCCCCCUUGCCACCAAGCAGCUCCUGCUCGUUAGCCCCCCGCUUCGUUAGCCCCCCGCCGGGGCCCGCCCCAGCCAGCAGCGGCUCAGGGCCAGGGUGGGCCCCGGCGUCUGGGCCGGGAGGAGUUUGGAAGCGGGGGGGGAGGGGGGGUGUUGGGACAGGGGGUCGCAGGUUUGAGUCCCACCUCGGGGCUGGGGGGGGUCAGACGUGGGGCCGGGGGGGCAGGGACACCCCCAGCCCUGGCUUUUGCCCCCCCCACCCCAAUGCCGGGCUCAUCCAGGCCUCAAAUGGGGAAACUGAGGCACCAAGUAGCGGCUCCCCCCCCAGUGAAACGGGGGGGGGGACUAGGAUGGGACCCAGGCGUCCGGGCUCCCCCCCCCUGCUCAACCCCCCCCACGCUGCCGGAGCCGGGGGGAGAGCCCAGGCGUCCGGGCCCCUACUCUGACCCUACCGACCGCGCCGCCCUCCCCGAGCCGGGGAGGGGACCCAGGCGUCCGGGCCCCCCCCAGCCGCCCCCACAGGUCUCCUGACGUUCGGUCAAGUGCCUUACCUGCCGCCCGGGCCGCCGGGCUCCGUCCGCGUCGCCGCUGUCUCGCUGCUCCGUGCCAAACGCCCCGGCCGCUCCCCCCCAGGGAGGGGACAGGGACCCCCGCCCCAAUGCCCCCCCCCAAACCCCGGACGCCUGGGCCCUCCCCGCCCCGCGCCUCGGUUUCCCCGGAGGAGGCGGCAGGACGCGGGUCGGGCACGUUCCCCCCCCCACCUUUUCCCGGCUCCCGCGUGUGACGAGCUGCGCCGGUCUCAGCCCUGGCUGUGGGGGGGUGUGUGGGGGUGUCCUGCCCCCCCCGCCGCUCUCCUGGGACUCGCUGGUCCCCUGUGGGCGCACGGAGAGCUCGGCCCCCCCGGCAGCCCCCCCCUCCCGGCCUCCCCCCCGCCAGCGCUGGGCUUUCUUCUUUUUUAACCCUUUUCUUCCUUUUCCCAACCCAAAACCGUACCGAAAAGGGACCCGCGCGGCGUCUCGCGGCCGCCUCGGCAGCAUGGCCCCCCCGGCUGCCCCGCUCCCCGCCGCCCGCCCCGGCCCGGGGGGGCCCAGGAGCCCCCGGGCGCCCGUGUUUGUCCUGUGUUGGAAAGUGCCAAGGCGCCGGUGUCCGCGACCCCCGUCCCCGCUGGAGAAUUGCACAUGAACUGCUGUAAAGAGGAGCAGAGCGAGGAGAGAGGAACUGCAGAAAUGUUAAUAAUGAGUAAAUAAAAACACAGAGGUUUGUAACAAA